UCCAAAAACCAACAGCCAGCCAGCCAUUCCUAAAUAAUAAAACCACCAUCGCGUAGUAUAUAUAAACAAUAGCCAUCGUACAAGGAAAGAAUAUGCCUGAUGGAGUGCGUGAACCGAGUUCCGGGCCGGGCCUGGUGGCAAGCCCAAGCCCGAAGCGGCGAGUCCUCCCAAAGCGUAUAAUCCUCGUGCGCCACGGCGAGAGCGCCGGCAACGUCGACGGCAGUGCCUACUCCACUACUCCGGACAACAAGAUACCUCUGACGCCGCUCGGGAUCGACCAGGCCAAACUCGCCGGCUCUCAGAUCUGCCGCGUCGUGUCCGACGAAGGCGCUUCCUCCGACUGGAAGGUCUACUUUUAUGUUUCGCCGUACGUCAGGACGCGUUCCACGCUCCGCGAGAUCGGGCGAGCCUUUCCGAAGAACAAGGUGAUUGGAGUUAGGGAGGAAUGUCGAGUCAGGGAACAGGAUUUCGGCAAUUUUCAGGUCGCCGAGCGGAUGAAAGUCAUCAAGGAGACCAGGGAGAGGUUCGGCCGAUUCUUCUAUCGGUUUCCGGAAGGAGAAUCCGCUGCCGACGUUUUUGACCGCGUUUCAAGUUUUCUUGAAUCUUUAUGGAGGGACAUAGACAUGAACCGGCUUCAUCGCAACCCAUCUGAUGCCCUGAAUCUUGUGAUCAUAUCCCACGGGCUAGCGAUCCGUGUUUUUCUCAUGAAGUGGUUCAAAUGGACAGUCGAACAAUUCGAGCAUUUGAACAACAUCGGGAACUGCGAGUUUCAAGUGAUGCAGCUGGGGAUGGGGGGUGAGUACAGUCUAGCAGUCCAUCACACUGAUGAAAAAAUGCAAGAAUGGGGGCUGUCGGCAGAGAUGAUAGCAGAACAACGCUGGCGAGCCAGCGCCAAUCGAGGCGAUUGGAACGAGAACUGCCCCUGGUACCUUGACACAUUUUUCGACCAGUUUGCCGAGUCCGAUUCAGAUCAAGAAGAAGAUGGCUCUGAUGAUGGAGAAAAGAUGUUGAUUUCUUGUUCCUAAGGUAAUCUAAUCUUGUGUAUUUUGUUUGUGACAUAUAAUAGUAGUAGAGUAUGUUUUGGAGAUAUAUACAUGACUAUUGCUUUUGCUAUAAUGUUAAUUAAUUUCAAUCACCGUAUUGUAAUGUUAUAUCCAAUAUAUGGUUAACUUAACAGUUAUAGCAUUAUAUGGUGAACAUAUUUAGAA